GAAACACAGGAGAAGGAAGGAAGACUCUAUGGGACCUCGCCAGGUAGAGAGGAGGAAAAAGAGAAUGGUUGUCAUGGAGAUGAAUCACAGAAACAGGAGGGAAACGAGGCAGACCAGAGGGGAGACAUAUCUCACCAACAUCCAUGGGGCCUUGUGAAUGAAGAAGAAAUGACAAACAGAUCCCUCGGUGUUCUUCAAAGAUCAGAGUUUGAGCAAAAGAGCCCUCUGAGGAAAAGACCUGUGAAAUGUCUAAAUUGCCACACAAAAGACAAAAUGUGUUACUGCUUGCAGCAUAGAAAGAAUUCCAGAAGGAGUCCAGAAGAAACAAGAUUUCACUCAGAGGAGAAUUCUGACAAAUGCUUAAGUUCUCAAAAAUACUUAAACGUUGGUUCUGACCUUGAAGUACCUCAACCAGUGCACUCUGAAGAGAAACCCUCUCAAUGCAUUAAAGGUGGCAUGAGUUUCAGUGGAAGUUCAGGACAAAAGGCACAUCAAAGAAUACACAUGGGAGAGAAACCCCAUAAAUGUUCUCAUUGUGGCCAGGGCUUCAGCCGGAAAGCACACCUUAAAGAUCAUCUGAAAAUUCAUACAGGAGAGAAACCCUUUCAAUGCAAAGAAUGCGGGAGAAAAUUCACCCAGCGCUCAAACCUGGUAAUACAUCAACGUCUUCAUUCAGGAGAAAAACCCUAUACAUGCAAAGCCUGUGGAAAACAAUACAGUGAUGCCAGUAAUUUUAAAGGACAUCUGCAGACUCAUUCAGAGGAGAAAUCUUAUCAGUGCAAAGAAUGUGGGAAAAAGUUUGGGCAAGAAAGAAACCUUAUAAGACAUCAGCGAAUUCACUCAGGAGAAAAACCUUAUGCAUGCAAAGACUGUGGCAAACGUUUCAGUGAUCCCAGUAAUUUUAAAGCACAUCAGAAAACUCAUUCAGGGGAGAAACCCCAUGAAUGCAAAGAAUGUGGGAAAAAGUUCAGAAAGAAAGGAAACCUAACAGAACAUCAGCGAAUUCACUCAAGAGAAAAAGGGUUUACACGCAAAGACUGUGGAAAACGGUUCCAGUAUCUCGCUGAUUUUACCGUACAUCAACUUUCACAUUCAGAGGCAAAGCCCUACAAAUGUGAUGAAUGUGGAGAGGGGUUCAGGAAGCUUUCACACCUUAAAAUACAUCAGCAGUUUCAUGUAGGAGAAAAAAAAUAUCUGUGUGAAGAAUGUGGGAAACAGUUCUACUGCCUUGCAGACCUGACAGUUCAUCAACAAAUUCACUCAGGGGAAAAACCGUAAGCAGACGAAGAAUGUGAAAAAAUUUUAAGUGAUCCAUUGGGUUUUUUUUUUUAAUCACAUCAGGACUUUCAUUCCGAGGAGAAGCCCUUAACACUGUGAAAUAUGUGAGGGGAAAAAUGCAAAGCUAAGUUUAUGCUUCACAGAAAAUCAAAACAUACCCACUGGGGAGAAACCUUUUAAAUGUAUAGAAUGUGGGGAAAAGCUUCCACCAGAGUUCAGGUCUUAAACAACAUAAAAAAAUUCACUGAGGGGAGGAUGUGGAGAAGGCUUCGGUUGUAGAGUGCAGUGCAUCAAACACCAACAGAUUCAGAAAGAGGAGAACCUUUGAAAAUUGCACAUGGGGGGCCCUCUGCACCAAACCAGACCUGAAAAAAGAUCAGAAUCUCUGUGUGGGGAAGAGGACAUGAUUGUUGAGGUUUGAGGGAGAGUUUGGAUGAUGAAUUAAGGCUUUGUCAACCUGUGAAUGCGUAGAGGAAAGAAACCGUAUGGUGGCUUUGAAUGUGAGGAUCCCCUCAGCUUCACAGAAAUCUUCUCUUCCUCCAAACGAUCCACGAAAAACACAUCUCCCUUCUGUUUUACAACAAUAAGUAGACGGCUAACAGGGCUGUUUCUCUGAAAGAACUUCUGAGCGACAGAAGAUGCUUAGAGCAGCAGGAUCUGUUACGUGGAACUCCUCGCCUCGUGUUCUCUCAUUCUUUGACUGUUUUAACUGUAUGUUUUACUGCGAUGGUUUUAAUAGGAUUCUACAUCCAUCAUUUUAUGACAAUUGUCUUGAAACUGAAAUAAAUGCUCAGACUGCAAUGAGA